GAAGACGUGAUCUUGCUUUUCUCCUUUUCCGGCGAACUAAUCUCCGGUCAUUUGUCCGGCGAAAUUCAGUUUGAUCAGAGAGAUGCACAAAACCUUGUAAUAUCUGAAGGGGUUAAUCAUCUAAUGCUUUCAACAUCAAGCACUUGCAAUUGUGUCAUAGGUUUUCCGAAAAUGGCAUCUGACUACAAAGGAAAAGCUAUUGUACUUAUGGGUGUCAGCGGAGCUGGAAAAUCAACAAUUGGUGAGAUGCUUGGAAGAGCUGUUCAUGGCCGCUUUCUUGAUGCGGAUGAUUAUCACUCAGAGUCUAACAAAGAGAAGAUGAAGAAUGGGAUACCUCUUUCCGAGGAAGAUCGUGUUCCAUGGCUUGAAGCAUUGCGGAAUACACUGAGAAGAGGAUUAGUUGACAAAGAAACACUGGUUCUUGCUUGCUCAGCUCUGAAAAAGCGGUACAGGGAAAUCCUUAGAUCUGCAGACCCAAAUUAUGAACCAGGUUCUUAUGCAAGUAUUGUUAAAUUCGUGUUGUUGGAUGUUGGGGCUGAAGUGCUUGCCGCUCGGCUGGUCAAGAGAGCAGCUGAGGGAAAGCAUUUCAUGCCUGCAAAUCUCUUGCAGACCCAACUGGAUUUACUUCAGAUUGAUGAAGCAGAAGGGAUACUUAAGGAAGCCAGUUUGGACACGUGGGACUGAAGUGUCUGGACAUGACUCUCGAAUUCAAUAGCUCAACAAGGGGUGCAAAUUUCACACAUCGGGGUGUCUUGUAUUGGUCAAGGGAAGCACCUAAGCUAACACAGUAAUCCAUGAGCUUGUCAAAAGUCCCAAUUUCCACUAUCCUGAUUUCCAGAGGCCCAAUGGAUUUGUCAGAGGCACGCCCCUGGCGGUAGACGCUAUUUAGAGAUUCUUCAAUGGUGAGGCAACAAUCUUCAAAGACAGAAGGAAGAAUUUGGGUAGAGC